AUGGGAGUUACUGGUCUGUGGCGGCUUAUUGAACCAGCAGGGAAACCAGUGCCAGUGGAAACUUUGGAAAAUAAAGUUUUAGCCGUCGAUAUUUCUAUAUGGUUACAUCAAGUGGUCAAGGGAUAUCAAGAUGCAAAAGGGGCGCCACUACCAAAUGCACAUCUUAUGGGAUUGUUCCAACGUUUAUGUAAAUUGUUAUAUUUUAGAAUUAAACCAAUUUUUGUCUUUGAUGGUGGAGUUCCUGAUUUGAAAAGGCAAACUAUUGCUAAAAGGCAAGACAAUAAGAAUAAACAAAACUCAGAAUCAGAGCGCCUCAAAAGAGAGCUUGCAUUGUUAAUUGGCAAAAAGGCAGCUGUCGGUGCAUUAUUAGGAAAAGAGAUAUCACCGAAAAAAUUAAAUUUAAAUCAGAAUGAUGAAGAUAUAUUUAAAUUGCCCGAACUGCCUGCACAAGAGGAUCAGAGUGUUUCUGAAUCUGAAGAUGAAGAAAGCUCAAGUGCAUCUACUGUUGACUUGCACACAGUUGACUUAGAAUCAAAAGAAUUUAAAACAAUGCCAUCAAAAGAAAAGUAUGAACUUUUACUUGAAUUAAAAGAAACAAGAAAAAUGAAUUCUUGGGGAAAGUUGCACACUUUACCAAAAAAGAGUGAUAGUUUUUCUGAUUUUCAAAUGCAAAGAUUAUUAAAGAGGAGAAAAGUACAAGAAUGUAUUGAAGAAACAGAGAAAGAAAUUGGGGAUGUUGGUAUGUCCUUGAAUGAAUUAGAGUCAUUACUUAAUGAAGAAGGUAUUGAUACAAAAAUUGAGGAUUUACCAACUCGUCGUAUUGCAUCUGAUCAAACGACACGUUUUUUGUUAAUAAACAAUGUAAAACAGGCACUGUCGGAUGCAAAGAAGUUGAAAGAAGAAGAAGAACAAAGAAAAACCAAACAAUUAGGUCUUGAAAUGGAACAAAAACCCGCAGAUGUAGUCGAUACUACUGAAGAAAAAAGGUUCGAUGAACUCGAAGAUGAUUUACAAAGAGCGAUUAAAAUGUCACUAGAAUGUGUAGAUGAAGCUGGAGGGAGCAGUAGCGCAACAACUUCAAAAGCAGAUGAGUCUUGGUCUACAUUGAUGACAGAUUCUGACUCAGAUUGUUUAGAUGAUGAACAAGAUGAUUUUUUACCUCCGGCUAUGUCAUCAGCUAAAGCAUACAUCAUGCAGUACAGUGAUUUUACCCAUAAAGUAAUUGACAACAUUGUAUCUUCAAGAAUGUCAGAUAAAAACAAAGUAAGAGAGCAUAAUGUAGAUGAUAUUAUAGCUGAACUAAAUAAUGAAAACUCAAUUAUAGAUGAUCGAGUCGAUAUAGAUGAUGAAAUAGAAACUUAUCAUGAGGUAGAGUUUGAGAAUAGUCCUGGCCAAAGUAGUACAUCGAAAAUUCCUUAUCGGAAAACAAAAGUUGACGAUGUAAAAGCCGAUGAAAUAAAUCUGAAUUCAAAUGAAAAUGACUCAUCUUUAAUUUAUUUGGGCAAAGGAGAAAACAAUAUCUAUGAUUUAGAUACAAUACAGGAUGUAUCGAAUAUUAAUAGUUCUUUAAAUAAUAGUACUAGUUCGAAUAGUGAAGACGAGUUCGAAGAGGUUUCUGAAACAGAAAAUAAGUCAAGCAAACCUACAAUUCAAGUAAUGCUUAAAUUAGAGGACAAAAAUAUUGAAGAUGAUAUUUUUGCUGACGUUUUUAAUAAGCCUAAAGAGGAAGUUAAAUUAUCGGAAAAUAAAAAUAAUGAAAGCGGAAACAUUAUCGAUACUAAUCCGACAAAGAAUCAAAGUGUACCUAAAGCAAUUUCCAAGGAAAACAUUGAAAUUGAGAGACAGACCGUAGAAAAACCUAAUUCAACAAUGUUACAGAGUAAAACGAAAAGUCUAUCAAAAGAAAAUAACGGCAAUGCAGAAUUAAAAGCACAUACAGAAACUGAUGAACUUAAAACAGCUGACAAAAAUGGUAGCCAGGUAGAUGCAAACACAAAAGAGAAAUUGAAAUCUAUGGAAGUAACAAUAGAAAGUGAGCAACAACAGUUAAUACAAGAAAAGGGCCGCCUUGAUCGUAUUGGUAGAAACAUAUCAGAACAAAUGACGAAAGAUGCGCAAGAGCUUCUUCGUGUAUUCGGCAUACCAUAUAUUGUUGCCCCCAUGGAGGCGGAGGCGCAGUGUGCAUUCUUAGAAGAUGUGAACUUAACAGAUGGCACCAUUACCGAUGAUAGCGAUAUAUGGCUAUUUGGCGGUAAAACAGUUUAUAAAAAUUUUUUCAACCACAAAAAACAUGUACUUCAGUUUGUAAGCGAAAGAAUAGAGAAAUCUUACAAUCUUACUAGGGAACAAUUAAUACUAUUGGCUUUACUGGUAGGCAGUGAUUAUACAACGGGCGUGUCUGGUGUGGGUCCAGUGACAGCACUAGAAAUACUUGCUUCAUUUCCUUUUAAUAAAAAAAAGUUAUUUAGCGAAAUAUCGAAACAAGAUCAAUACAAGCUAAUAUUGUCUGGCCUCCAAGAAUUCAAACAAUGGGUAAGGACUGGACGAAGGACGGACAAUGUAACUUUAAAGAAAAAACUCAAAAAUGUUCAACUUACUGAGGAUUUUCCGAGUGUGAGAGUUGUACAAGCAUAUCUAGAGCCCAAUAUCGAAAAAAACAAAGACAAAUUUACAUGGGGCCAAAUAGAUAUAACCGUAUUAAGAGAUUAUACAAAAGAUAAAUUUGGCUGGUCGCAAAACAAAUUGGAUGAAAUAAUUAAACCGGUUUUAAAACGAAUGCUAGACAGAAAACAACAAAAAACUGUCCAUGAUUAUUUCAAGCGGAAAUCAAAUUCCGAAUCGUUAGACGAUCAAAUGAGCAAAAGAGUAAAAGCAGCUGUCAAGAAAUUGGAUCCUAAUAGUCCGAAUGAUACAAACCAAGAGAAGGUUGACAAUAACGCUAAACAAAAAACUGGACGAAAGAGGAAGGUGACUGGCGAAGUUAAAGAUAUUAAACAAGUUGUUAAGGUUUCAACUACAGAAGACAGGUCUGAUUUCAAUUUUAUUGUGCCUAAAAGCGACACUUGCCAGGAACUAAUUCCUCAAAGAGAGAGAGUUAAAAAAAGUCUUCUGGAAAAUAAACUAAAGGCUAUUGAAAUAUUUCGAAAGACAAAGAUUGAUAGAAAACAGAAACUUACCAAAAAAAGGGCGGCUCUGCCAAAGGAUCGAGCUGAGCUCUCCGAGAGUAGCGACAGUGAUUAA